AUGAGUGCAUCUGAUUUGUCCAACCUGACCCUUCAACUGGAGGGAUCCCUGACCAGCGCUUUGAGCCAAUAUCUGAACAACUGGAGGCGUAACGCGACGGCUGCAGCCAACGCUCUGGACAAGACGCUGGCUGAGGAGAACUUCAGGAACGUCGUCUGGUAUCUGGCGGUGAUGAUUGGCAUGUUUGCUUUCAUUAUUGUGGCCAUCCUGGUGAGCACUGUCAAAUCGAAGAGGAGAGAGCACUCUAAUGACCCCUACCACCAAUAUAUCAAGGAGGACUGGACUGCUCAGAUACAACAGAGUGACAUCUUCAGUAACCUCUCAGCUAGAUAA